CAGCCGCACAAUGAUGACAAACCGAAGUGCUUGCCUUGCCCUGGCUUUCCUCCUCUUCUGCUUCUUGGCCAUCUCGGGCAUCGAGGCUGCUCCAAUGCCCAGGUACCAAUCCAAUGGCGGAGGCUACGGCGCUGGCUAUAACGAACUGGAGGAGGUGCCCGACGACUUGUUGAUGGAACUGAUGACUCGCUUUGGACGCACCAUAAUUCGGGCACGGAACGAUCUGGAGAACUCCAAGCGAACCGUGGACUUUGGCUUGGCCCGGGGAUACUCGGGAACUCAGGAGGCGAAACAUCGCAUGGGUCUGGCUGCGGCCAAUUUCGCCGGCGGACCCGGGCGAAGGCGGCGAUCCGAGACCGAUGUCUAAGUCGACUGGAGGAGUCCGGGCUGCGAAUCCUGUGGACGCUAAGGACGAGUGUCAACUUCUCAACUUAAACUUGACCCAUUCUUGGACUCUUUCUUAGAGCUUUAAUUUGCAUUACGUUAGUUUGUUUGUUAUUCAUUGUACAUACUAUAUAUUUAUUACGGAUCUGUCCUCAUGAAUUCAUCACAUUUUUCUAACAAGUAAUUUACUGCAUUAUGAAAGAAUAAAUAUUCAACAGAUAUCGAAAUUAUAUAUACCGAAGGCGAACAUCCGAAUAAAAGCGUUAAACUGUUGCUCCGAAA